AUGCGCUUCAGCGUCGCGGACGACGCGCCGACGCCGCGGUCUCUCGCCGUCCGUGCGUGCUACAACGGCCACCAGAACCUCCCACUGUAUGUAGAAAACACCUCGAGUCGCAGACGCUUGCGUCCGCCCGAUUGUGGCGACAGCAGCGCGCGUUUUGACGACGAAAUCGACGACAAGAACGUCGAGAACAAGUGGCCAGCGACGGGUCUUUUUCAAGGCAAUUGUGCAGCGUCUGUGGCGCUGGAAACGGUGCACUGGACCGACACAUCGAGGCAGGAGUUUGUGAAGCAGCUGGAACGCGCGUGUGAGCGCCGAGCGGUGCAGAAAGUCGCGGGGAGUGACGCUUAUCAGACGCUGUGCCAGACGCUGCAACAGGCGCGACAGGACGCCGAUGUGGCGCUGGAACGACUUUUGACUGGUCAAAAUAUAAAGGAUGAAGAGGAGCUGGAGGUGCUGAGACGCGAGCAAUUGCAGCUGGAGGAGAGCCGAGCGAGGACCAAGUUGCAGCAGCUGUGGAUGCGUGAAAAGUCGACUUUUGACAGUGUCGAGCGCAAGCUGCGUGCGUUUCAACAGGCGCAACAAGAGGAAGAGAGUCAACGAGAAAAAGAGCAGAAGGAGCGGGAGGAAGCGGACGAGCAGUGGAGACAAGAGGAACUUCAGAAGGCUAAGGAAGAGGAAGAGGCGCAGGAAGCACGGCAGAAAAUGGAACGAGAAUUGGAAGAACAGCACGCAAAGGCCAAGGUCCAGGCGGCUGAACGUGCAGCGGCGCAAAAGAGGCAAGAGAUUGAGCGCGGAAAAGCUGAAGCUGCAAAGAAAGCAGCCGAAAAAGAAGCUGUAUUGCGGACGACAGAAUAUGUAGUACAAGGACGCGAGUGUAUAAAGCGUUUGGAAGCGCUGCGUCAUUACACCGCGGAGAUAUCAGAUAGUCCUGAUCCGUCGGUGAAGAAGAUUCGGAUGCAGAUCAGGCGCGAAGCUGGGGCGUGCAACCAAAUUGCAGCCGCGCCUUCCGCAAUCAAAAAUGUUGUGAGUAAAAUCCGGCAGCUGUUACAGAUGGCAAAGACCCCCGGUGACGCAUACUUCGAAUUUGCGCUCGACAUGGUCGCCUCGAACCUCUCCAGACAAGUAGAAAGUCGUGCGGACUACAAAUCGUGCUACCCCAUAGCACACGUGAUUAAGAUGAGCUGUGUGCAAACUCCGGAGCUGACGGAUGUCGUACUGGGCUAUUUCUACAAGACGUGCGUCUUCACUAUCCCUGACAAUCCAGAAAAACGCGCGUCUCAGACGAUUGCCGAGUACAAGAUAUCUGUGGGCUUUCAAAAAGCAGUUGGUGAGAGCUCCGAUCCUGAUGGCCUCGAGCACGUUACGGAGUACACGAGACGCAUGACAAUGGUCUCUGCUGUACUAGCGGCUGUACGCCAGACCACCCCUUGGGAUGGGAGCUCGUCCCCGCCAGGUCUAGGUCUUGGAGAUUGCUGGUCAUGGCUCGCGCGCCUGUUGAACGAGCCACCGCAUCUCAUGACAGGAGCUUUGACUCUCACGAUCUUGGAAGUGGCAGGCUUUGAGCUUUUGCAGCACUACAAGAAGCAAUUUCACAAACUGUUGGUGCUCGUCGCGCGUGACGUGUGUCCACGAUUGAGCAAGAAUGCCAAGACUGGUGCUGCGAACGCUGCGGGGCAACUAGAGAUGUUUGUCAAUCAGUACCACGCCAACCGUUGCAGACUGAACGAGCCGGAUGGGCGAAAGCUCGAGGAGACGAAGAUCUCGGAAGCAGACGAAGAGCGAACGGAUCGGAAUGACCAUGGUGGUGGAGGUGGUUACUUUAACGGUGGUCGCGGAGGUGGAGGACGAGGUGGUGGCCGUGGUCGUGGGGGCGGGCGAAGACGCUAG